AUGAGAGCGCGCGGCGCUGCCGAGCCCGCCCCCCUCCGGACUGGUGCUCCCAGCGCAGCGCGGCUGCUUCGGGGCUGCGGCCCCUGCCCGGCGCUGACCGUGGGGCGAGGGGCGGCAGCUGGGGCCGGACUGGUGGCACUGGUGGUGCUGGGAGUGCCCCCGGCUGCGGGCGCGGAGCUCUCGGGGGUGUUCCAGUUCAUGGGAAAGUCCGAGUGUCUUUUCAUUAACAGUACGGAGAAGAUGAGGUUCGUGGCCAGGUACAUCUACAACCGGGAGCAGUUCCUGAUAUUGGACAGCGACGUCGGGGUUGCCCCCCAGCGUUUCCAUCUCGCUGGCACCCCCCUCGAGCUCCCAGCCCAGCCCCAGCCGCCUGCUCUGCUCCGUCAUGGAUUUCUACCCUGCCCGCAUCCAGGUGAGGUGGUUCCAGGGCCAGCAGGAGCUCUCGGAGCACGUGGUGGCCACCGACGUGGUCCCCAACGGGGACUGGACCUACCAGCUCCUGGAGCUGCUGGAAACUCUCCCCCCCCGGCGCGGGCUCACCUACACCAGCCAGAGAUGCUGCCGGACGCCACCCGCAGCAAGAUGCUGACGGGCAUCAGGGGCUUCGCCUUGGGCUUCGUCUUCCUGGCGCUGGGGCUCGGCUUCUACCUGCGCAAGAAGAGCUCCUGAGCCGCCGGCGGCCGCAGCCCCUCCCCGUGGGCUCGGGCCCCGCCGGGACCCCCCGCUCCGUCCCCGCUCCGCUGAUUUUGGGGGGGGUCCCGUGUGUCCCCCCCAGCCCCGCCGGCGCUUAGCCCCCACCCAGUGCCCGCUCCCAGUGCUCCCAAUAAAGCUUCCCAGUUGGCCCCGGU